CCGGGUGACGGCCAGAGCGACGUCAGUAGGGAGAAUGGCGGAGACCCACCCAGCCAUGCUGCCCAGACGGCGAGUCCGACCAGUCUGUCUCCUCUUUUGGUCCCCCCAUCGACCUCCUUCUCCCCGACAGCAUAAAUACUGCCAGUCCCUUCGCCCUCCUCCUUCUCCAAUCCUUCUCCAGCACUUCCUAACUCUUACACACCCCACACUUCCAAAAUGUCGACCGCCGCUGUUGCACAACUCCAGGCGCAGAUCAACCACCUUCAGCAUGAGCUCUCCACGGUCAAGACCGCCGAGCAGUCCCCUCACAGUAGCGAACAGAUCUACAUCGGCCAGUACCUCGUAGAGAGGCUCGUACAGCUUGGCGUCACGAAAAUGUUCGGCGUUCCAGGCGACUUCAACCUUGGCUUCCUUGACUUCGUAGAAGAUCACCCCAAGAUUGACUGGGUCGGCAACUGCAAUGAGCUGAACGCAGGUUAUGCCGCUGAUGGCUACGCGCGAGUGAAAGAGGGCGGUCUCGGUGUUCUCACCACAACCUUUGGUGUCGGAGAGCUGAGCGCCACUAAUGCCAUCGCUGGAGCCUUCUCCGAGCACGUACCUGUGCUGCAAAUUGUUGGUGUUCCUAGCACAUCACAGCAGAAGAACAAGCCCAUGCUCCACCAUACCCUUGGCGACGGACGAUAUGACGCGUACUACCGAGCAGCUCAGCAAUUCGCCAUUGCUGAUACAAGCCUCCAGACAAAGGACACCGCAGCCGCAGAGAUCGAUCGCGUUCUCACCGAAUGUAUUGUCAGGGCACGCCCGGUGUAUCUGAUGCUCCCAACUGAUCUUGCCUACGAGAAGAUCCCAUCGUACCGUCUCAAGACACCACUCAACACGGAGCCGCCGCAGAACGACGUUGACGUAGAGGCCUUUGCCAUCGACGAAAUCAUCAAACUCGUCGAACAGGCGAAGAACGAGACGAUCAUCCUGGUCGACGCUUGCGCCGUUCGCCAUGGCGUCAAGAAGGAGGUCGCUGAGCUCGUCAGGCGCACCGGCUUCCCUGUGUACUCUGCGCCCAUGGGCAAGACUUCGUUCAACGAGCAAUAUGAGCGCUAUGGAGGCAUCUACGUCGGGUCGAUAAGUCACCCCGAGAUCAAGGAGAAGGUAGAGAGCGCGAAGCUUAUUCUCUCCAUCGGUGCUCUGAAGAGCGACUUCAACACCGGUAACUUUACUUACCACAUCCCCGUCGCCCGCACCGUCGAGCUGCACUCCGAUCACCUGCAGGUGCAAUUUGCGACCUUCCCGGGCAUCGGCAUGAAGCGCCUCCUGCCGAAGCUCACCGCGCGCUUGCAGCCGUUCGAGCCGACCGCCGCGCGCAUCCCCGUUCCGAAGUUUGAGCUCCCUGUGCCUGAGGAGCAGAACGAGAUCAUCUCGCAGUCGUGGCUCUGGCCGCGCGUCGGCCAGUUCUUCCAACCCAAGGACAUCGUCGUCGCCGAGACGGGCACGUCCGCCUUCGGCGUCCUCGAGGUGCCGUUCCCGACCGGCGCGGUGUUCGUCAGCCAGAUCCUGUGGGGAUCGAUUGGAUUUACGGUCGGCGCGACCCUGGGUGCCGCGCUCGCGGGUGUGGAGUUGGGCUACAACCGGACGAUCCUGUUCAUCGGCGAUGGUAGCAUCCAACUGACGGUGCAGGAGCUGUCUGUCAUGAUGCGCUCCGGCCUGAAGCCGAUCAUCUUCGUCCUGAACAACAAGGGCUACACGAUCGAACGCUACCUACACGGCAUGACGAGGAAGUACAACGACAUCGCGGACUGGAAAUGGACGAAGUUGCUCGGGACGCUCGGCGGCGAGGAGGGCAAGACGUGCCAGUCCUACCACGUCGAGACGAAGUCGGAGCUGUCGAAGCUCCUGGACGACCCCGCAUUCGCAGCCGCGGACAAGAUGCAGCUCGUCGAGCUCAUCAUGGACCCGACUGACGCGCCCAGCGCGCUCAAGCGCCAGGCGGAGCUCAGCGGCAAGACCAACCGCUACGUCGCGGAGCUGCCGGACGCAGAGGGGCUGGGUGAGGCUGUCUAGACUCGAUGUGUGUUAGACGUUUGCGAUCGCUGGGACGAGAAGUGAUAUGUAAAGUAAAAGUGCUUGCUGUGGAAGGUCAUGUUCUGUAUCGCCGCACCGCUCAAAUUGUUGUACACUUACUCAGUAGCAUUAGCGAGUACUAGUUUAUCAUAAUAGAAGCAAUCACCUACACACCUCAAUGUACAUUUUAUCAUGCAUCAAGGCAACA